AUGACUCCAUUUUCUAUUACGUCUGAGAGGGGAGUUCCUUCGUUCACUCACCCCCAUGAGGGGCAAAGGUUGCAAAAUAUCUCCGAUGCAGUUUAUAUUGUCAAUAAUCUCAAAAGCAACCUGAAACGUCAGAAAUUAUCGAACAGGUUUGACCAGGACUCUGAGUUUGAUAAAGAGAAAGACAAAGUUGCUUUUCGCCAAUUCGAAUCCGCCAGCGAUCACGCCAGAGACUUCUACAAAGAGCAGCAUUCAAAGAAAACUGUUGCUUACAACCUGAAAGCAAGACACGCAUUCCAUAGCAAGGUUCGCGCUGAAAUGGGUAUCUGGGAGGCUAUAGAGAAGCUGAUCACUCUUAUUGAUGAGUCAGAUCCAGAUACCAAUCUUUCCCAAAUUGAACACCUCCUUCAGUCAGCAGAGGCAGCCAGGCGCAACGGUAAGCUGCGCUGGAUGCAGCUUGUUGACCUCUUUCAUGACCUGGGCAAGCUCCUGUUUUACUUUGACGCUGAGGGUCAGUGGGAUGUUGUCGGAGAUACGUCUCCUGUAGGAUGCGCAUACGAUGAGCGAGUCUGCUACGGCAGAGAUUCUUUCAGCGAGAAUAAAGUCUAUGUUCAUGCAACUUACGAUACAAUAUUCGGCAUAUACAGCCCAGGAUGUGGACUUGAGAAUGUUAUGCUUUCGUGGGGCCAUGACGAAUAUCUUUACUAUAUCGUGAAAGAUCAAUCAACUUUGCCCUCCGAAGGCCUAGCCAUGAUUCGAUACCAUUCCUUAUAUCCAUGGCAUAUGUCAGGUGUCAAUCGUGAGUUGAUGAAUGAUCAUGACCAUAAGAUGAUUUGUGCGGUCCAGGCCUUCAACCCGUACGACCUAUACAGCAAGAGCGAUGAAAUUCCCAGUAUUAAAGAGCUGAAGGUGCGUAAUUCCUUUUCCACUUGA